AUGUCAAUCAUUCGCGAUGCGCCCUUGGGCCAGAUCUGUCGGUUGAUUCUGGGACCUGAGUCAUUUCCUUACCCUGAUGAGAAGGAAGGAUUUCAAUUGAAACUUCCUGAAGUCAAAUCUGAGCCUGUAGCGGAGCAAACAACUGAAGCGCAAGAGAAUGGAUCAGUGGAGAAGAAUGAGGGGACGGACGAGGCAGAGUCGUCUAAUGCGGAUGUGGAGAAAGGACCGGGUCCUGGGCCUUCACCAAAUGAUGGGUAUCAGACUGUGGGCUGGUAUGACGACAAGGACCCUGAGAAUCCGCUGAAUUGGUCCACCGGAAAGAAAACUUUCACAUAUUUUCAGAUCUGUCUGCUUACGUUUUCUGUAUAUUCUGGUUCGGCCAUCAUUACGCCAGCAGAGCCGGUUUUCAUCGAGAUAUUUGGUGUCAGCGCUGAAGUUUCGUCUUUGGUGUUGUCGAUGUAUGUUUUGGGAUAUGGAGUCGGGCCUUUAUUUUUCAGUCCACUGUCGGAAAUGCCACGGAUGGGAAGGAGUAUUCCAUAUUUUGCAUCUUUGACACUUUUCAUCAUCAUCACCGCUGUAACAAGCCGAGUUUCGAACUUCCCCGGGCUGGUUGUUCUCCGUUUUAUCCAGGGAGUUCUUGGUGGUCCUGUCCUGGCGACUGGCGGAGCUUCUGCAGGCGAUAUCCUGUCAUUCCCCAAGAUCCCAUAUGGUCUAGCAUUUUGGGGUGUUGCUGCUUUGGCAGGUCCAGCUCUUGGUCCAUUGCUGUCUGGAUUCUCUGUGCCGUUGAGCUCUUGGAGAUGGUCUAUGUAUGAGCUACUCAUCAUGUGUGGAUUCUGCUGGCUUCUCCUAUUCUGCUUCUUGCCCGAGACGAAUGCAGAUACCAUUCUUCUGAAGCGCGCCAAACGCCUGCGGAAAUCAACUGGCAACGAGAAUAUCAGGUCUGACUCGGAAAUUAAGCAGGGAAAUCUACAUUUCCUGAAGCUGCUUGGUACAUAUUUGACUACGCCGUUCUUGGUGACAAUCCAGGAUCCUUCGAUUGCUUUCAUCAAUGUCUAUACUGGUCUCAUUUAUGGCAUCUUUUACUCGUUCUUCGAAUCCUUCCCACUUGUCUACAGAGGUAUCUAUGGUUAUUCUAUUGGAAUCAUGGGUGUUGUAUUCCUCUGCAUUAUUGUGGCCUGCUUCUUUGGUGUGACCACAUACCUUGCCACCAUCUAUUUCCACUAUGAACCAUAUACCAUGAAGAGCCUGAUGGCAGGUGGCAUUGGAUCUGUGGAGCAUCGACUCCUACCUGGUGUGAUUGCUGCUUUUAUCGCUCCAGGUGGAAUUUUCAUCUUUGCCUGGUGCGCGAGGGCAGAUAUCACUUGGGUUGCGCCUACGAUUGGGAUUGUUCUUUACAUGGCAUGUGUUUUCAAUAUUACCAUGGCUGUGUUUAUCUAUCUACCAAUGAGUUAUCCAAGAUAUGCUGCAAGUCUCUUUGCUGCCAACUCCUUCUUGCGCAGUGCUGUGGCUUGUGGAUCUAUCCACUUCGCGCAGCCUCUGUUCGGUAAUCUCGGUAUUGGAAAGGGAUGUAGUCUUCUCGGAGGUCUGAUGUUUGCUUGCUUCUUUGGCAUUUUCACGCUCUGGAAGUAUGGUGAACAAUUGAGAGCCAGGAGCAAGUUCGCUCAGGUGUACUGA